CGGUGCGUCUUAAUAAGGGGAAGGGUGGGAUCGAAUCAGCCCGGAUCGCAGCCGGCAUCUGCGUCGCCACACCGCCGGUUACCUCAUCUGGCUCCCGGCCGAACUCGGCACUCGGAUAAGCCCCAUAGAGAGAGGAAGACGUGAGCCAGAGGAGGAGCGGUGUGAGGCGGAGAAGAAAGGCGCCACCUUUGAGGACGAAGCAUGGAGAGGACGGCGUUGCCAUGACUUGGAAAUCGACAGCACGAACUGGCUCGCUUCUUUUGUAGACAGCUGUGGGUUAUCGUAGUGCUUGUUUUGGUGGUUGUAGUGUAAGCAGGAGUGGGGAGGGCGGGCAGCGUCGGAGUUGCGUAGGAUGGAUUCCGGCGACGAACAGGACGUUCCGAACUCACAGAGUAGGAAGAAGCGGUACCACCGGCACAACCCGCGGCAGAUUCAGGAACUCGAAUCGUUGUUCAAGGUUUGUCUGCACCCGGACGAGAAGCAGAGGCUGCAGCUGAGCCGGGAUCUGGGGCUGGAGCCGCGGCAGAUCAAGUUCUGGUUUCAGAACCGAAGGACGCAGAUGAAGGGGCAACAAGAGAGGGCGGACAACUGCUUGCUCCGUGCCGAGAACGACAAGAUCCGGUGCGAGAACAUUGCCAUGAGGGAGGCACUCAAGAACGUCAUUUGCCCCUCCUGUGGCGGUCCUCCGCCCGAUGACGACUCCUAUUUUGACGAGCAGAAACUGCGGAUGGACAAUACAAGGCUGAAAGAGGAGCUUGACCGUGUUUCAAAUCUUGCAUCAAAGUACCUUGGAAGGCCUCUCACCCAGCUUCCCCCAGUUCAGCCAGUAUCCUUAUCAUCAUUAGACUUAUCAGCUGGGGGUUAUGGUGAUGCAGGGAUAAGCCCUUCCCUUGAUCUUGAUCUCCUGUGCCGGAGUUCCUCUUCAGCUUUUCCAUUUCAAUGUCCCUCAACAGUUUCUGAUCUUGAGAAACCUCUUAUGGUGGAGAUGGCUACCGGUGCAAUGGAGGAGGUAAUCAGGCUAGUGCAGACUGAUGAGCCUCUUUGGGUGAAGUCAAGUGAUGGGAGGGACAUACUUCAACUUGAAACCUACGACAGCAUGUUCCAAAGGCUAGGUAGGCAGCUCAAGUUCCCAGGUACUCGAAUUGAGGCAUCAAGGGAUUCAGCUCUUGUCAUCAUGGGUGCUAUGACAUUGAUCGAUAUGUUCAUGGAUGCGAGCAAGUGGGCAGAGUUGUUUCCCACAAUUGUUUCUAAGGCAAGGACCAUUGAAGUUCUUGCUGCUGGAAUGGCUGGAAGUAGAAGUGGGUCUUUGUUAUUGAUGUAUGAAGAGAUACAGGUUCUUUCACCAGUUGUUCCUAUGCGUGAGUUCUGCUUUCUGCGGUACUGCCAGCAAAUUGAGCCAGGCGUGUGGGUAGUAGCUGAUGUUUCGGUGGACUAUCCUAGAGACAAUCGGCUUGCUCUUUCUUCGCGAUCAAGGAGGCUUCCUUCUGGAUACUUGAUUGAGGAAAUGCCCAAUGGCUAUACUAAGUUAACUUGGGUUGAGCACAUGGAAAUCGAGGACAAGAAUCCGAUCCAUAUACUUUUCAGGGAUUUAAUAAACAGUGGAAUGCUGUUUGGGGCACAGCGCUGGCUUGCCGCCCUACAGAGAAUGUGCGAGAGGUUUGCUUGUUUGAAUGUCGCUGGACUUCCAGCUAGAGACAUCGGAGUGGCUCCGUCGCCUGAUGGCAAGAGGAGCAUGAUGAAGCUUGCACAGAGAAUGCUGAGCAGUUUCUGUGCCAAUGUUGGUGCAUCAAAUGGGCACCAAUGGAACACCAUCUCUGGGUUAAAUGAUGUCGGAGUCAGGGUUACAAUUCACAAAACCACAGAUGCUGGCCGGCCUGAUGGCAUCGUCCUCAAUGCAGCAACCUCAAUGUGGCUGCCGAUAUCAUCUGAGAAGGUCUUCGGUUUCUUCAAGGAUGAACGAACACGAUCUCAGUGGGAUGUUCUCUCAAACGGCAACACUCUACAAGAGGUGGCUCACAUCACAAAUGGUUCACAUCCGGGGAACUGUAUUUCUCUUCUUCGUGGACUCAAUUCGGGCCAGAACACUAUGUUGAUACUCCAAGAAUGCUGCACCGAUGCAUAUGGCUCUGUCAUUGUUUAUUCUCCUGUCGACCUACCCGCCAUCAACAUUGUCAUGAGCGGCGAGGACCCGUCCUACAUUCCCAUUUUGCCUUCAGGUUUCACCAUUUUGCCAGACGGGCGAGCUGCUGCGGGGGCUUCAUCCAGCUCAAACCCAAUGGUAGGCUCAUCUGGCUCGUUGCUGACCGUCGCGUUUCAAAUUCUCAUGAGCGGCUUGCCAUCUGCAAAACUCAACUUGGAGUCGGUGAUGACGGUCAACAACUUGAUUGGCACCACGGUUCAGCAAAUAAAGUCUGCCUUGAACUGUCCUGACAUCUGAUGCAAUGAGGAGAAUUAAAAGCCAUUUUCUUCUAUUGCCACCACCUUUUCCUUGCUGCUUCAGAUCUGAUGGGUUCUCGAGGCAUUCAAGAUGGGAUUAAUGUGGUGUUCUUUUGUUGGUUGGUUACCCUUGAUUGCUUUCAUGGUGGGCUUGAGUUGAAACUUCAAGAUGACUCUGCUGCUGCUGCUGAUGCCGGUCUAUGGAGGAUCCCAUUUUUUGGCAGAAACCAGUGAGUUUUUACAUUUACGAGCUCUCAGUAAAGUCGAGAACAAGCCAUAUCUGCCUCUCCUUUUUGCUUGCUUCGAUCAAAUUCUUUCGUUUCUUAAUGCAUCGAGUGGUUAUGGUUUGGCUAUUGACUUCUAUCAACAACACACUAUUUGACGAGCAUUUGUUUUGAAGACGGUCUUGUUGGAUUGUGGUUCGAUGCAUCUGUGAUGACUUUGGCAACAAGUAGUGAGGAGCAGUGAGUUGGGUUAAACUCUUGAAUGACAGAGUGCUCCCUUGUGACGAAUUGACACGAAGCUUGAUGUAAGGCGUCUCCUUUGAUGCUGCAUUAGUUCUUGUUAGAAUCAUUGUAAAAGGUUGUUCUAGAGUUGAUUGCUUGGUAACCUGGUUUCUGUUUCCUGAGACAGCUAUUGUUGGUAUAACUUGCGGUGUCUUAAUCUUCUGAGUAGAGCAGUACAGCAUUCAAGCUGUUCCAUUAGCACAUUACAUGAUAUUAAUAGUUGUUGUAAUCUGUCUGACAGUGACCAUUACUAAAGUUCUUGGUUGAAUCCUUUGUGCUUGA